AAGUAUAAAAAGAAGAAAGGCAGGAUUAGGGUUAGCGAAUUGGCGUCGGCGCGAGGUCGUAGAAGUGAGAAAUGGGCGUCUUCACCUUCGUGUGUCGCAGCUCGGGCAGCGAAUGGACCGCGAAGCAGCUUUCUGGCGAUCUCGAGGCCUCGGCUGCUUCGACCUUUGAUCUCCAACGGCAGCUUGUUCGUGCAGUGCUCGGUGUUGACUCCUCCGGCGGCGUACAGUCGUCCUUCUCAUUGGUCUCUCCGUCUUCGGCCGUCUUCCAGGUAAUCAUCGGUGGUGGUGGGGGUGGUGGUGCAUUCAUCGGCGGUGGUGCUCCAUCAGGCGCUGCAGCGGCAGGCGCUGGUGGUGGAGCAGCAGCUCCUGAGGCACCUCCUGCCGAGGAAAAGAAGGAAGAGAAGGAGGAGAGUGACGAGGACAUGGGAUUCUCCCUCUUUGAUUAGUUUGGAUCCAAAAGCAUUUCUAUUUUCUAAGGGCUUCUGUUCUAAGUCUGAUGGUUAUUGUGCUUUGGGAGAUUAUAUCAUUAUGACCGAGUUUUAUUAGACAAACCUAAACCUCUAGUUUGAUGAUUAUAAAAGCUUUCAUUUAUUUUUAUUUUUUAAA